UGCUGUCAAGUGUCAAUGUCGAUCCGUCAUCAGUUCGUGUUGUCUGUUUGAAACAAAACAUAACCUUUCCUAAUUUAUUCUCUGAAAAUUCGUGGACUUAAUAAAUCUUAGUAAAUAUUUUAUUGAUACUUCAAUCGUAUAUUGUUAAUUUACUACUAGUAUUUUGAUGAACUCCCGAUAUUUCUACGUCGAGAUCGUGUGCGACGAAGACCGAAACCGGCUGUCGUUACGAAGGGCCGUGGAGGAGGCCGCGACGCAAGUGUUCGGGUCGGCGGGCGCGGCGUGCGACGUGGUGCGGUGCGGCGGCGGGCGCGCGCUGCUGCGGGUGGAGGCGCGCGCGCUGUGUCGCCUGCGCGCCGCGCUGCUGCUGGCCGGCGCCGACCUGCGGCCGCAGUCGCUGGCUCCAGUGCCGCAACCUCUUCUAUAGGUGUGUGUUUUGUAGAGUAGCAAAAUGUCGACUCGUUCAGUACUGUCAUCUGGCCUGGAUGGCAAGGAUGUGGUGAUUGUUGCCACUCGAGAAGAGUUGGCCAGUCCCAGUAAAGUGAGCCUGCCAGAGCCGGAACCAACACCCGGCCUCAUUCUGGCAGACGGGUCCAUCAACUGGGGCUGCCCAUGUCUUGGGGGCAUGGCCACGGGCCCCUGUGGCUCCCAGUUCAGAGAGGCCUUUUCUUGCUUCCACUACAGUGACGCGGACCCUAAGGGCAGCGACUGCUACGAGAAGUUCAGUGUGAUGCAGGAGUGCAUGUCGCACUAUCCCGAGCUCUACGGAAAAGAUGACGACGACGAGCUGGCCGCCGCCAUGGAUUCGGCCGCCGUGGACUCGGUCACCGAGAACAAGGCCAAGCCGGCCGCUGCCGGCGCGGGCGACGCGCAUUAGCUGUCUUGUCACCGUGACUUAGCUACUAAUAUUACGUUAUUAUUGUUAUUAAAGGAGUAGAUUAGGUUAACAAAUACUUGUUUUUCUUUUUUCUGAUAAAGGAUGCUAUUGUUAGCGUCGCCUACAGCCACAAGCGCCGUGCAGUCUGCCUGUACUAUACAGGGUCGACGACCAAUGGAACCUGUGAUCGACAAGGUUCCAAGAGUUAUCAGAAAAAUAUUAAAAAAAUCUAAACCAUAUAGUUUUUAAAUGUACUAUGACUUAUGUGUUACCCACGAAAAAGUAUAAUUGUGCCAGUCUUUGACUCUUGUUGCUACAAUUCUUUGUUAUUUCAUCUGUAUUCACUGCUUAUGUUAUCCUGAAUAGUGCUUCAAUAUUGUGGAAUCAUAAAUUCCGAGCCAACUGCUUUAGGUUGGAAAAAAACAUCAGUUUUUGACGAACCAAGUAUUCUUAAUGAACUUUUCAUCAUACCAUAAGUGACUGUCCUGAAAAAAAAAUUGUACUGUACUAGUAGUAGCAAAUUUCACCAAAGUUGGCGCAUGUAAUAAGGAUCCUGAAAUGGUAUAACUCUCUACACAUUAUUUCUUCAAUUCAACACAAAAAUAUAUUUUUCAACAAAACUCUAUUUCGAACAAUUCAUUAGGUCUUACUAAAAUUUAUUCUAGAUAGACAAAGGCCUCUCGGCAGUCCUCCGCCUCCAUCCAGUGGCUCCCUACGACUGACGACGUCGUCGCUCAGCGCUCUAGCUAUUUAAUGAGAGAGAAACCUAUAAAGUUCCAAUUGCGUGGCUGUACACUUUGUAUUUCAUGGAUAUUUAAGAUGACACUAAGGUACUUCCUGAAGUGAAAAACGUUGUUAGUUGUUGUUGUUAGUUGUUGUGUUGUUUACAAUCGUCGAAAAAUUCUUAAAUCAGGAACUUGGAUGAAAGUUAAUUGUACUUCGCAAAUUGAUAUUAUUAUAGUUCACUAUACCAAUUUUUGUCUUCUUGGUCUUGACAAGUGGUAUGUCAAUCGUCAUAAAUAAUAAGAUACGUAUUCCAAGACAAUGUAUUUCGUAUCAAAAUCUUACAUCUAAAUACAAUCUAAUAGAAUA